AUGAGUAACGCCUUCCUGCCGGUGGACAAGCCCACGCGGCCCUUCUGGCGGACCGAUCCACACCCGCUAGACGAACGUCGCACGACUGCUGAUCUCCCUCCCCAGAGCGACAUUGUCAUCAUCGGAGCCGGCUAUGCAGCGUCUGGAGCGACAGGACGCAAUGGCGGACAUCUUCGACCCGACCUCUACGGACUGAUCCCAACCUACAUCGAACGGCAUGGCAUCGAGGCCGGUGCUGAAGUGGCCCGUUUCGAGCUGGCCCAUAUGAACGCGAUCAAAGAUGUCGUUGCAAAAGAGAACAUUGACUGCGAUCUCAACAUCACCCGGAACAUGAACGUGUAUUUGGAUGAAGAAGGAGCUGUGGAGGCGAAAAAACCUUUGAUGCGCUUGUGGCCAAGGGAUUGUCCUUCGUCGACGACAUCCACUAUACUUCAGAGAAGAACGCAGAGGGGGUGCCAAGGCAUGUCUGUCUUACACAGCCGGCACGUUGUGGCCAUACAAAUUUGUCAUGGCGGAGCAGUCAAUCUGCAAUCGUCCACUCCAGUCACAUCUGUGACGAGUGACGCACCUGACAGCCAUAUCGUCCACACGCCCCGGGGCGCCAUCCGUGCGAAGAAAGUAGUAAGGCAAAAAGCGCUCCUUCCCUACUCCUACGUAAUAGGCAUCCAGCAACAACACGGAGGGAGCUAUCUGAUCUCCCGACCGGAUGGCAGCAUCAUCGUCGGGGGAGCGCACCACACAUACAAGGACGACAGAAAACAAUGGCACAAUACGGUGGAUGACAGCACCCUGAUCGAGCCAACGAAGCACUACUAUGACGACUACAUGCAACGGACUUUCAAAGACUGGGAGGACAGUGGAGCGUAUGUGAAGGAGAUAUGGACCGGGAUCAUGGGCUACUCCUACGACUCGGCCCCUCACGUCGGUGAAAUCCCCUCCAGACCAGGCCAGUACAUCUGCGAGGGCUUCAACGGGCACGGCAUGCCGGUUAUAUACUUGUCAGCCAAAGGGCUCGCGCAGAUGAUUCGCGAGGGGAAGAAAUUCGAAGAGGUGUAUCUACCGCGUCUGUUCAAGACCACGCCGGAGAGACUGGAAGCGGCUCAGAGGGCUAAGAGACUUGCUUCUACAACGACGUUAAUAUCCAAUUUGAUAACACAAAAUUAUCUGCAGCAUUUCUUGCCUGCAUACAGGAGUCGGAGUCCCGAUGUCAAGUACACCGUCGGGGAUUCUUCUGGAUGGUGCUAUGAAGACCUAGGCAACUACAGAUUCAGGGGUCAGCUUUGGGAGCACGACAUGUUCGUUCCCGACCCUCGGCCACCAUGGUAUAUGAGCUACGUUUAUCACCAUCAUGACACCAGAUUCCCACACAUCAAGUGCACCAUGUUCUAUGACAUUGACGGCGAUAAUGAAACACUGCUCCGCGGUGAAUUGCUUGCUCUUAUCAGGAUCAUGAGAGGUAUUUUACGCAAAAGAUGCUUUAUUGAACAUAACAUUGCUCCGGUUCUCCUCUUUUCCGUGAUGGGCCAUCACGCUAGGAUUCUUCAAGCCCACUUCGACGGAAAUGAGCUCGUGGUGCAAUGCAGCAAACUCUACAGCUUCGAGCAUGAGCAGGACGCUCCCUUGGACUUUUUUGCGCAAUGGUUCUUGAGUGCCCCAACCGGCAAGACGACUCCAGAAUGA